GUUUUCACUAAUUCUUUCAUGAAGAUGAGAUCUCUUAUGGUGUUAGUUGCUACUAGUAUUGUGUUUAUGGUUUGUGGAUGUGUUCUAUGUAAGGAGUGUACUAACUCCUUCCCUGAGCUAUCAUCACACACUCUACGAGCCAAGCUCUUAGCUUCAAACAACGAAUCUCAGAAGCAAAAAUUGGUCCCACAGUACCAAUCGGAUCCACUAGAGGUUUCUGUGCAGUCCAAUUUGAUUCCCAGGAAGAUUUUAAAGGAAGAAGAUGAAUCCGAAUGGGCAAUUAGGGUCACAAAGGUUAAGAAUUCGGAUAAAUUUGAAUUGGAUGGGGGGUUUCUGAAGGAAGUGUCGUUGCAUGAUGUGAGAUUGGAUCCAAAUUCGAUUCACGGUCAGGCUCAGCAGACGAAUUUGGAGUAUUUGUUGAUGUUGGAUGUGGAUAGAUUGGUUUGGAGUUUCAGGAAGACUGCUGGUUUGCCAACUUCUGGGAAGCCAUAUGGAGGGUGGGAGGCCCAAGAUUGUGAACUUCGUGGUCAUUUUGUGGGGCAUUACAUGAGUGCAUCAGCUCAAAUGUGGGCCAGCACCCACAGUGAUAGCCUCAAAGAGAAAAUGUCUGCAGUGGUUUCAGCUCUGUCUGCCUGUCAGCAUAAAAUGAGUACAGGUUAUCUAUCUGCAUUCCCAUCUGAAUUUUUUGAUCGUGUGGAAGCUUUAAAACAAGUCUGGGCACCAUACUACACCAUUCACAAGAUAUUGGCUGGUCUUUUGGAUCAACAUAUAUUGGCUGGAAAUGCUCAAGCGUUAAAAAUGGUGACAUGGAUGGUUGAGUACUUCUACACCCGUGUGCAAAAUGUGAUUUCAAAAUACAGUAUUGAACAACACUGGCAAUCACUAAAUGAAGAAACUGGUGGCAUGAACGAUGUCCUUUACAGGUUAUACAGGCUAACUGGAGAUCAGAGACAUUUAUCGUUGGCUCACCUUUUUGAUAAACCUUGUUUUCUUGGACUGCUUGCAGUAAAGGCUGAUGGAAUAUCUGGCUUUCAUGCCAAUACACAUAUCCCAGUCGUUAUUGGAGCUCUUAUGAGGCAUGAAGUUACUGGUGAUCCACUGCAUAAGGAAAUAGGGAUGUUCUUCAUGGAUAUUGUGAACUCUUCUCACAGCUAUGCAACGGGAGGUACAUCAGUUGAUGAAUUCUGGUCAGAACCAAAGCGGUUAGCAAGCACUCUAGGAACUGAGAAUCAAGAAUCCUGUACGACUUACAAUAUGCUGAAGGUCUCACGCCACCUUUUUAGAUGGACCAAAGAUACUAGAUAUGCAGAUUAUUAUGAGCGUGCCUUGACAAAUGGUAUUCUGGGCAUCCAAAGAGGAAGGGAACCUGGGGUGAUGAUCUACAUGCUGCCACUAGGCCAUGGAAAAUCCAAGGCCCGAAGCAAUAGUGGGUGGGGAACAAAAUUUGAUUCUUUCUGGUGCUGUUACGGGACAGGAAUCGAAUCAUUCUCCAAGUUAGGAGAUUCCAUAUACUUUGAGGAGGAGGGCAAGGUUCCAGGGCUCUAUAUCAUUCAGUAUAUAUCAAGCUUGCUGGACUGGAAAACAGGGAAGAUCAAGAUAAAUCAGAAAGUUGAUCGUCCUGUAUCAUGGGAUCCUCGCCUUCGGGUGACUUUAACAAUUUCCAUGGAGGAGAAUUGCACUGGCUUUGGAUCUACUUUGAAUUUACGGAUACCAAUUUGGACAAAUUUGAAUGGUGCUACUGCUCUGUUAAAUGAUCAGGAUCUGUCUGUACCAGCUCCAGGUAACUUCCUAUCUCUCAGUAGAAAAUGGCUCCCUGGUGACAGAAUCAUGCUUGAGCUGCCCAUUACUCUAAGAAUGGAGGCCAUUAAAGAUGACCGGCCAAAGUAUGCUUCUGUCCAGGCAAUUCUUUAUGGCCCCUACGUUCUUGCUGGUCUGACUAGUGGUGACUGGAACAUAAAAACUGGGUCACCUAAGUCUGUUUGCAGCUGGAUAGCUCCAAUUCUCCCCGUUUACAAUUCUCAUCUGAUCUCUCUAUCCCAAGUAUCCAGAAAUUCAACAUUGGUUUUCAGUAACUCAAACAAAUCAAUAACAAUGGAGGACUUCCCUGAUACUGGCACUGAUUCCUCUAUCCAUGCCACUUUCAGACUCAUCUUGAAUGACCCGACUCUCUCAAACUUCUCAUCACCAAAAGAUGCUAUCGGCCAAUCAGUCAUGCUUGAGCCAUUUGAUUUUCCUGGCAUGUUUGUGGUGCACCAAGAAACAGAUGAAAAACUUGUAGUUGCAGAUUCAACUAAUGACAGGAAUUCUGUUUUUCGCUUGGUCCCAGGACUAGACCGAAAUGAUAAAACAGUUUCGUUGGAGUCAGAAAGCCAAAAGGGUUGCUUUGUGCACAGUGGUGUGCACCAUUAUUCAGGUGCAAGCGUUAAGCUAGGCUGCAUUUAUAGUUCAUCAGGUGCUUGGUUCAAUCAGGCAGCCAGUUUUAUGCUGAAUGGGGGAAUUAGUGAGUAUCAUCCUAUUAGUUUCGUGGCAAAAAGCGCAACAAGAAAUUUUCUUCUAGCUCCGUUGCUGAGCUUGCGGGAUGAAUCUUAUACUGUUUAUUUUAACAUUCAGUCUCAAGAAGGCGAAGGGAGAGGAGGUGGAAGGCCAAGGUUGCACCAACGCUACUAGAAAUAAAUUUUCUUUUUUUUUUUUUU